CUCCCCCUGCUUUGCGCCUGUCUGUCAACGAGACUCUGGUGGUGGACCCUGGACAGGACGUGACGCUGUCCUGCGAGGUGACGUCUGGCUUCCCCGUCCCCACCGUCACCUGGUCGCGGUAUCCAAGGAAGCUGCCGAAGAACGCCGUCGUCAGGGACCGCUCGCUGACCCUGCGCUCUGUCACCCCCGACGACUCGGACUUCUAUAACUGCACGGCCGUCAACAACGUGGGAAACCCCGCGAAGAAGAACGUCAAUCUUCUUGUCAGAAGCAUGACUAACCUGACCUUCCAGAUCACCCCAGACUCCAACAAGGACAGCGAGAGCAUCCAGAUGGGUCGUGACCUCAAGCUGUCCUGUCACGUGGAUGCCCAGCCCCAGGACAAGGUCAACUACACCUGGUACAAGAACGGCGUCCCCAUCUACACAUCGGACAGCCUGAUCGUGCUGCGUAGCGACCCUGACAUGACCCCGGGAACCAGCAGUCUGGAGAUCGUCGACCUGAAGUUCAGAGACUUGGCUACCUACAGCUGCGUGGCUAACUUUCCUGGGAGCAGAGUGCCAGAACUCAGGGUGGACGUCAACAUCACCCAGAACAGCGUCACUCCCCCGGUUUUAUCGGUGCCGGCGGGGGGGUCGGUGGUGAGCGUGAGGGAGGGCGGCAGCGCGGAGCUGGUGUGCAUGGUGGACGGCAAGCCCCGCCCCCCUGUUCUGUGGUCACGCGCGGACAAGGACCUGGCCAUGCCCAGCGGCGAGUGGGCGGUGGAGACGAGAGACGGACGCCUGCGCCUCACCAACGUCAGCAGGGACAUGACGGGGGCCUAUCGCUGUCAGACGGCACCCUACAACGGUCUCAACAUCAAGAGACGGGAGGCACAGGUCCAGCUCAACGUCCAGUACCCACCUGUCCUGGACCCGGUCUACCAAGAUGUCCGUUCACCCAACCAGCAGUACGUGGUGCUGCGCUGUCAGGUGGUCAAAUCCAACCCGCCACGCAUCUCCGACAUCAGCUGGCUCCGCAAUGGCGAGCCUUACAGGAUAAGUCCCCCGGACCCCCAGGAAGUUCCCCAGCUACGCUUCAAACUGGACCCCACCAACAACGGCACCUACGAGUGCCGCGUCAGCAAUACAGCCGGCAUCUCCAGCUGCACCUUCAACGUCUCCUCAAAGCCGUAUGAUGCAGAGUUUUACUUCGACACCCCCAACCCUAUUCGGAUCCUGAAGGGGAACAACUACUCCUAUAACCUGCAGUGGACACAGCGAGAGCCGGCUGCCACAGGACGCAUCAUAGGCUACUGGGUCAACGUCAGGAAGAUGAAGCAGAACUUGAUGUCCAAGCAGAUUGACAUGAAGGAGCCGGUGAAGGGAGUUCUAAUGUCCUACCCCCUGAUGGACCUGCGCAUCCCCCUGUCCUACGAGGUCCGCCUGGCCCCCAUCACCACCUACAGCACCGGGGACUACGUCAGUCGCACCAUCCAGUACUCUGAACCGUACACUUACCCAAGACCUUCAGACCAUGUGUGUGGCUUUGAGGACGAGCGCAUUUGCGGUUUCUCUCAGGACCGCAGUGACGUUUUCGAUUGGACCAGACAGAACCACCUGACCAGGAACCCCAAGCGAUCGUCCAAUACCGGGCCAGACACAGACCGGAGCGGCACCAAGGAGGGAUACUACAUGUUCAUCGAGGCGUCUCGCCCCCGGGCCCCCGGAGACAGAGCCCGCCUCCUGUCUCCUCUCUACAACGUGACCGUCGCCAAGGGGCCUAAAGGCUCCGGCAGGCUACCCUACUGCAUCUCCUUCUACUACCACAUGAAGGGCAAGCACAUCGGAACCCUGAACGCGCUGCUGCGUGUGAAGAGCAUCGCGUCGGUGGACAGUCUGGUGUGGAGCCUGACUGGAGAACAGGGAGCGGGCUGGAGGCAGGCCAACGUCAUCAUCAACCCCAGAGGACCCUUCCAGGUGGUGUUUGAGGGUAUUCGGGGAUCGGGCUACGAAGGGGACAUCGCCAUCGAUGACGUGUCAGUCAGCAAAGGGAAGUGCAAACUGGAGAACCCUCUGGCUAACACAGUUCUGAUUGGUGGAGCCCCAGCGCAACGCUGUCUCCCAUUGGGCAGCGUGUUGCUGCUGGCCCUCUGCUCCCGCCUCCUGCUGCUCUACAGAUGAUGAGCAUCUCCCUGAAGACUCCCUCAGUCUGCAGAGACACUGCCCCAACUCCACAUCUGCUCUCCUCGCCCUUCCCUGGCUUCACCUUCCCUUCCCACACUUCCUCCUUUUCCCCUGUCCAACGCCAUUUUGUUUUACUGCGACCCAUCCCUCAUGUAUUCACGUCACUCCAACCGCAAGUAUAUGUGUCUGUUGCGUGUGUAUCGCUUGACUUAUCUCGCCAGCGGUCUGCACAUUUAACACAAGGUUUGACUGGACCUUUGUGAUCCUAGCACCAUCCAGCAUGUCACCCCAUCCUACUAACCCCAAACCAUCCAUCUCUGUACAUCCCCCCUUCUCUCACACGCCCCACACUCCUCCUUCACCCAUCCCC